AUGGCAAUAUUUGGUUUGUUGAUUACUGUCUUCCCGAUCGGCUUUCAUAUCGGUCAGUCUUGUCGGAGUCCUGAUAACUUUGUGGGUGCCAGCUCUCCUGGGGAUGUUGUCAUCGGAGGCUUGUUUGCCGUUCAUGGCAAAAUGUUACAUCCAGAAGAAAAACCCCUCAAACCUGUGAUUGCCAGUUGUGCUGGUUUUGAAGUGCAAGUGUUUCUUCAGAGUCUUGCAAUGAUCCAUGCGAUUGAAAUCAUCAACAACUCAACCUUCUUACCUGGAAUUAAACUGGGAUAUGAAAUCUAUGACACGUGCGCAGAGGUCACCAGGGCAAUGGCCGCAGCUGUGAGGUUUUUAUCCAAAUACAAUGCAUCGAAAGAUCUGGUGGAAUUCAGGUGUGACUAUUCAGAUUACACACCCAGAGUCAAAGCUGUCAUUGGGGCUACCUACUCCGAGGUAUCCAUGUCAGUUGCAAGAAUACUGAAUUUGCAGCUCAUUCCACAGGUGAGUCAUGCAUCAACUGCCGAGAUCCUCAGUGACAAAGUUCGCUUUCCUUCAUUUCUGCGCACGGUGCCCAGCGACUCCUACCAGACAAAGGCCAUGGCUCGGUUGAUCCACAUGUCAGGGUGGAACUGGAUUGGAAUCAUCGCCACAGAUGAUGACUUUGGGCGCCUGGCUGUGGAGAGCUUUGGGUUACAGGCCAUGGCCAACAAUGUCUGCAUUGCAUUUAAAGAAAUGUUGCCAGCUUAUCUCUCAGACAGCACCAUUCACGGCAAAAUUAAUCAAGCCCUUGAGAAGAUUGUCAAGGAAACCAGGGUAAAUGUCAUUGUCGUCUUUCUGAGGCAAUUCCACGUAAUGAGGCUUUUCAGAAAAGCAAUUGAGAUGAACAUAAAUAAGACCUGGAUUGCAAGUGAUAACUGGUCGGCAGCUGUCAAGAUUAGCACUCUUCCAAAUAUCAGCCGCCUGGGGAAAGUGGUCGGUUUUACAUUCAAAAGCGGCAACCUGUCAUCUUUCCACCAGUUCCUGAGCAACCUACAGACCAGCCCCACGGGAAACAACAAGUUUUCAAGGGAAUACGCCAUGCUAAUGUCAGCCUGCUCGCAUAUAAAUGAUCAGGAUCUGAGUAAGUGCAUCUCCAGUUACUCUGUUGAGAAAUGGCUACAGAACCGCACUACACCAAGCAGCCAGCUUUGGGGAGAGGAAUUUCUCAUAGCCAACAUUGAGCCUGGAUUUAUCCAUAGCACCAUGCUUGCAGUGAAUGCCAUCGCACAUGCCAUCCAGAACCAGUGCAAGGACAGAAAUUGCAAGGACCCAUAUGCUUUUGCCCCUUGGGAGUUGCUUGAAGAACUUAAAGAAAUAAAGUUCACUGAUGAUGAAAAGGAGGUCUAUUUUGAUUCUUAUGGAGACAUCAACACAGGCUACGAGGUGCUACUCUGGAAAGAAAUUGAUGGGCGGAUGGUGAUUACCAAUAUGGCUGAAUACGAUCUAGAGAAAGAUGACUUCAUCUUUGCUGACGAACAAGACAAAAUGGAGUUCAUGAAUUUAAAGAACGUUCAGUCCAAAUGCUCCCAGAAAUGCAGCCCAGGACAGGUGAAGAAAGUUUCAGCAAGCCCACAUACCUGCUGCUAUGAGUGCAUCAGCUGCCCUGAAAACUAUUACACUAAUCAGUCAGAUAUGGAUUACUGCAUCUUAUGCAACAACAGAACCCACUGGGCUCCCGUGAACAGUUCAAUGUGCUACAGGAAGAUGGUUCAUUACCUCAACUGGAACGAGUGGUUUGCUGUUCUGUUACUGGUCCUGUCCGCUCUCGGAAUAGUGUUGAUUUGCGCCAUUAUCAUAAUAUUUACUAAAAACGUGGACACUCCAGUUGUAAAGGCAUCAGGCGGCUUAACUGUAUGCUAUGUUAUCCUCCUCUGCCAUUUCCUCACUUUUGUCAGCACGUGCUUUUUCAUUGGCAAACCCAAAGCAUACAAAUGUAAAACCCGGCAGGCUCUCUUUGGGAUCAGCUUUGCUCUCUGCAUUUCCUGCAUCUUAAUUAAGUCACUGAAAAUUUUACUGGCCUUCAGUUUUGAUCCCAAGUUGCAAAAAUUGCUGAAGGGUCUCUACAAACCAGUCCCCAUUGUGUCCUUUUGCACUGGGAUCCAAGUGUUGAUUUGUGUGGUCUGGAUCACAGUCCGAAGUCCUUUUGUCGAGGAAAACUUCUCCAUCCGGAGAGUUAUUAUCCUGGAAUGCAAUGAGGGCUCUGCUGUUGCCCUGGGGAUCAUGUUAGGAUACAUUGCUCUAUUGGCCUUCAUCUGCUUCAUCUGUGCUUUCAAAGGCAGGAAGCUACCUGAGAAUUACAACGAAGCAAAAUUCAUAACCUUUGGCAUGCUCAUCUACUUCAUUGCAUGGAUCAUAUUUAUCCCGGUCUACACAACUACUUUCGGCAAAUACUUGCCAGCUGUUGAAAUCAUUGUCAUUUUAAUAUCCAACUAUGGGAUCCUGUGCUGUACUUUCUUUCCCAAGUGCUACAUUAUCCUGUACAAGCAAGAGGCAAAUACCAAAUCGGCCUUCCUGAAAAUGCUUUAUAGCUACUCCUCCAAAAGCGCAGGGAGUCUCAGCGUAAACCAAAGCUCUCUGGACUCUAAGAGCGAGACUCCUCCCAUGCCUAGCAUGGAAGCUUGUUGUAAAGUGAAGAGUGAGAAAAACUGGGUGAAUGGUAGCUGCCAUUUCCACACAUCUGGAUAUAGGGAGAUGAGAGGGGAAGUGCCUGCUGUGAACCUAGCAGGGCCCACAGUACCAAGAAGAAGACUCUCUAGUAUAUGA